CGCUUACCACAAGUAAAAAAUGAAGGCCAUUCAUCUCUGGGUCGCAACCGCCCUAAUGGUACCACGGGCUCUAGCGGCCACUGCUACCUCCACUACCUCUACGUCCACCACCUCCACUGCCGCCGCCGCAAGCUGUACAGCUUCCCUCAUCACGACUCUGUGCAGCUACCCGGAACCCGGCGACGACUUUGCCGUCGCCAGCGAGAGCACGGCCGACUGCUGGGAUUACUGCAACGCCCACCCUCCGUGCAGCUUUGUGAUCUUCGCCGCUGGCAACCCUACCACCGGAACCGGCACGUGCUGGCUGUACCCGGGGCAAUCCUACAACGCGAGCGAAGGCAGUUCCGAUUGCAGCAGCCCCUACCUGUCCGUCUACGACGAACCCGUGUGUUCGGGCGGGAGCGCAACCACCACCACGGCUGGCGCCUGCGCCGCCACCGCGACUCCCACCGCUGUCGCCUCGGGCUGCGGGUACCCGGCGCCCAGCGACUGCUUUGACGACUGUGUGACCAGUACCGGUGCACCGGACUGCUUGAGUCUAUGUGCCGAGGCCGAUUCCUGCAGCUACGUUGUCUUCAACCCGGAGAAUGCGGACAACUCGACCUAUGCCGCGGGCAACUGCUGGAUCUACCCGAACGGGACCUACGACGCCGGGUCUGCGACUACUUGCAGCGGUGAUCCGGAGCAGUACGUGUACAACAACGUGUGUCCCAAGGCGUCGUCUUCAUCGUCCGCGCUUUCGUCAUCUGCUACGGGCACUGGAACUGUAGCUACGACUACAGGCUCUACGGGUACCGAAAUCGCCGAUCAAACUGCGGCCUCGUCUACCAGCAGCGAGAAUUCUGCGUCUGCCGGCCUCUCGCAUACUAGUCCACUGGCGAUAGGCAUGGCAAUGGUAGUAUUGCAGGCCUUUUGGUGAGAUUCUUGUGGUAAUGGGUGGUUGUUCGGCGAAGCAAUGUAUGAUAUAAGGAG